AUGAUGAUGGGGACCGAUGUGUGUUCUUCGCGGAUGCUGUCGCUGCCCCGUUACGAGAGCGGCGACGAGGAGCUCACCGUGCUGCCCAGGCACACCAAGGUCGUCGUCACCGGUAACAACCGGACAAAGUCCGUGCUCGUCGGCCUGCAGGGUGUGGUCAAGAAGGCUGUUGGCCUUGGAGGCUGGCACUGGCUGCAGGUUCUCAAGAAUGGUGUGGAGGUCAAGUUGCAGAGGAAUGCCCUGAGUGUCUUGGAAGCUCCGACUGGCAACGAGGACGACGACGAGAUCGAUGGCGGUAACAGCUCCUUCUGCGGCAGCUUCGACAUGGGAGACAAAGACAUGAACUACUCAAGCAUCGAGUACCAGAAGCCAACAAAGCCGAGGGUCCGGCACACAAGGCCAUGGUCUUCCUGCACGACGACGUCCAGCAGCCGGGCCAACAACCUUCACUCGACCUCGAAGCUGCGAGCGAGAGUGAACCUGACAAAGCUUGGAACACCCACACUAUGGAGAUACUGGAAGCACUUCAACCUUGGUGGUGAAAAAUGUGUGCAGGUGAGCAUGAACCCGACUCCAUCAGAGGAGCAGCUGUUCCAUGGGGUCCAGCAGCAUUUCCAGUCGCAGCAAUUGGAUGAGUUGCAGGUGAUCUUGGGGUUCAUCCAGACGGCAAAGAGGCUCAAGACCCUGUACAAGAACAGCUCCUAG